AUGGAUAACAAAGAACUCAAGUUCCCUAUAGAUGCUAAUUCUUACAGAAUCAUUCACGAAAUUGGGCGCGGGAAGAACUCCCAUGUCUACAGAGCACUAUGCUUACCAUUGAAUAUGUAUGUGGUCAUAAAAGCCAUCAAUCUUGAUCAAUCAAGUGAUUUGGAUGAAGGUAUACAAAAGGCUUCGACCAAGUUCAAUUCAGUUCGCAAUCAUCCAAACAUCCUCAGUUCCUACUGUAUCUUCGCCGUCGACAGCCAAGUAUGGGUAGUUAUGCCCUCAAUAUCAGCCGGAUCUCUUCAGUCCAUAAUCUCAUAUUCUUUCCCCAAUGGACUGCCAGAAGACUGUAUCGUUAUUAUUCUUAGGCAAACCUUGAAUCUUCUCUAUUAUCUCCAUUUUGAUCAAAUCGUCCACAAUGAUCUUAAGGCAGGAAACAUCCUUCUUGAUCACAAUGGAGAAAUUAAAUUUGCAGAUUUCGGUUUGUCUGCUUGUUUAUCCAACAUCAGUUCUCCUUCCUAUUCUUGUUCUUUGUUGGAGACACCCCAGAUUCCAAACAUCUCCGGCCGCCCUUACUGGUUGGCACCGGAGGUGAGUUAUUCUAGUGAUGGGUUUUCUGUGAAAACCGAUAUUUGGUCAUUUGGAAUCCUAGCUCUUGAAUUAGCCCAUGGGAAGCCGCCUCUGUCUGACGUUGAUGGUUAUCUCUCCCCAUCUCUAACCAAGAAAAUCAAUGAGAGAUUCUUGAUAGGAAAUUACGAAAAUCAUAUGAAUAGUUUUUGUUCUGAAAAAAGGUUCUCAGAAUCUUUCAAGGAUCUUGUUAAUCAAUGUUUGAAACAAGAUCCUGGAAAUAGGCCUAGUUUGGAUGGUUUGCAGAAACAUAGUUUCUUCAAAAGUUGGAACUCAGACACAAGUUUAUUGGUCAAGAAGAUGCUGAAUGUCUUGCCUAGUUUAGAACACAGGUUUAUGCAUUCAAUGGAGAGAUUUCGUUACACUAUGGACGAAGAUGAAGUUGAUGAAGAAGAAGUUAAAUGGAGAAUUAGUGGGUGGGAUUUAAAUGUAGAAAUAUUGAAGCUUUGCCCAAUUUUGCAUAGUGUGUCAGUUAAUUCAAGAGAAGCCCGACAUGUCCAAUUUGGCGGUGAAAUCAUAAUUGAUUUGGCAGAGAAAGACGAGGAAGAAGAAGAAGAGGAGGAAUCGGAAAAUGAGAAUGAGUUAUGGGAAAAAUACAUGAGUAAACAAUUUGCAGCAUUGAGUUUGGAAUUGAAUGAUAUGGGUGAUCAAAUGGAUGAAUUGAGUGAAAAGAAAUGGAAAAAAGAAGAAACAGAGGCGACACUUCAUAGUGUAAAGAGGAAUUUGGAAGAACAGUUGAGUCGAGUAAAUGACUUGAUCCUUGCUCAUGGCGGCGGGGUAGUGUUGCAUGACGACGAAGACGAGUUAACCGGGGUGGUGAAUAAUUGUUAUAUGGAUAUGGAGAAUGAGUUAGAAGAUGAGGUGAUAUUGGCACCAGGGACUGCGACCGAGUUAUUGAGGGAGCUGAUAGAGAAACAAAAGAAGGUGGAUUCUGAUUUGGAUAUGGAGUUGGAUCGAUUAAGUAACAUGUUAACUGAUAAUAAUAAUAAUAAUAAUUGA